AUGUCCCCUGGAACCAAGCCUCACCAGCUGUGGGUCUGGAAAGCUUGCUACAGGAGAGACAUCAAAGGAUUCAGAGGAAGACAGGGGAAGGGACGCCCUAAGAGAAGCUCCAUCCAAGGCUUGUCUGUGGAGCAGCAGGAAGGUGAGUCCCACCCAGCCAGAAAACACCCUCAGGGUGAUGGAAAUUCAGGAACCAUAUUAUCAGUUCUACCUGCCGUCUCAACUCAACCAUAUUCUAGAAUGACUGCUAGUUCGGCGUCAGCAGUUCUGCCUGUGGCUGACUUAGCACCUGCUAGCCGCAGAGCCAGUGCGUUCAGGCUCAGCCCCCCAGGUACUGAGCGUUCCCCAGACCCCACUCCAGUAAUGGAUCCUGAUUCAUCAAAACCCAGAGGAGGCUGGGCCCCUGUGCGGCUGGUAGGCACCCACGAGACUUGUGCAGGCCGUGUGGAACUUUUCUACCAGGGAGUCUGGGGGACUGUGUGUGAUGACCUCUGGGACCUGGCAGAAGCAAACACCAUCUGCAGGCAGCUGGGGUGUGGCUGGGCUGUUUUAGCCCUGAGUGAAGCUCACUUUGGGGAAGGCUCUGGGAAGAUUAUCCUUGACAACGUGCAAUGCAAGGGACACGAGGAACACCUGGAGGAAUGCUCCCAUGUUGGCUGGUUCACCCACAACUGUGAUCACAGUGAAGAUGCCAGCGUGGUCUGUUCAGAUCGCCCAAUGGCUGUCAUGGAAAGGACCGUGGCUGCAGAAAGAUCUCAGUGUGGCAGUGUUGUUACGCGCUCACCUGGAAAAAUUAAGAAUCCCCCGAUGAAUGAAAUGCACGACAAUAUAACCUGCGUGUGGGAAAUCAAGGCCAAUGCCUCUGAUUAUAUACGGCUGGCAUUCCCGUCUCUUGAAAGAUCUCUUGUCUCCACAGCCACUCCAACAGCAGCAUCCAAGACGGUAACAGAAAGACCAGGGGUCUGGCCAGAGCUGCGGCUGGUGGGUGGCUCCAGUCGGUGCUUGGGACGAGUGGAAGUCCUCCAUCAGGGAGCCUGGGGCACCGUGUGUGAUGAUCUGUGGGACCUGAAUGAAGCUGAGGUCGUGUGCAGACAGCUGGGGUGUGGUCAGGGCGUGUCCGCCCUUGGGAAGGCCCACUUUGGUGCUGGCUCAGGAGAUAUCUUCCUGGACAACCUUCAGUGCUCUGGAGUGGAGCACUUUCUGGGCCAGUGUGCCCAUUCGGGCUGGUCAGACCACAAUUGCGGCCACCAUGAGGAUGCUGGUGUCAUCUGCUCAGGGUACUGGCCAGAGCUUCGGCUGGUGGGCGGCUCCAGUCGGUGCUCAGGACGAGUGGAAGUCCUCCAUCAGGGGGUCUGGGGUACUGUGUGUGAUGACCUGUGGGGCCCCAACGAAGCUGAGGUCGUGUGCCGCCAGCUGGAAUGUGGUCAGGCUAUUUCUAGUCCUGGUGAGGCCUACUUUGGCCCAGGUUCAGGAGACAUUUUCCUGGACAACCUGCAGUGCUCUGGGGUAGAGCAAUACCUUGGCCAGUGUCCCCAUUCAGGAUGGUCAGAGCACAACUGUGGCCACCACGAGGAUGCUGGUGUCAUCUGCUCAGACUCAGAAGACCCAUCUCCACACAUACCUCCAGGUCCUUCUCCAGCUUCUCAGGAUCAAAUAACAGGAGAAAGUAACUCUUGCGGAGGGGUCAUUUCCAGUCUCUCUGGAUCAUUUUCUAGUCCACAAUAUCCAGAAAACUAUCCAACAGAUAUCCAAUGUGUUUGGGAGAUCCACGUGGAUAAAAAGUCCCGCAUCGAACUCAUGAUUCCAAACUUGAACCUGGAAGAUAUCCUUGGAUGUCCCUAUGACUCAGUUGAGAUCUUUGAUGGCCCCAGAAUCGCAUCGCUCUCUAUGGGAAAGUUCUGUGCCCCAUCAGCUAUCGUGUUUUUCUCCUCCUCCGACAUCUUGACAGUGGUGUUCCACAGUGAUUAUAUGAUAACCAACACUGGCUUUUAUGCUUUGUUCAAUGCAAUUCCACAGGAUGGAAGGGAAUCAGAAGACACGCCAAAGCUGAGGCUGGAGGGAGGCUCAGGCCGAUGCUCAGGCCGUGUGGAGGUCCUUCACCAGGGGGCCUGGGGCACUGUGUGUGAUGACCUGUGGGACCUGAAUGAAGCCGAGGUCGUGUGCAGACAGCUGGGGUGUGGACAUGCUGUUGCCGCUCCUGGAAGUGCCUACUUUGGUCAAGGCUCUGGUAACAUCCUCUUGGACAACAUUCAGUGUUCAGGAAGUGAGAACCACUUUGGCCAGUGCCCAAGCUCUGCCUGGCUGGACCACAACUGCGGCCACCACGAGGAUGCGGGUGUUAUCUGCUCAGAUGCAGAGGUGACUCCUGCACCCCCAGAAGGAAACAGCUCUUGUGGAGGAGUAAUUUCAAGUCUCUCUGGCUCCUUCUCCAGUCCAUGGUAUCCUACAAACUACCCCACUGACAUGGAGUGCGUCUGGGAGAUACGUGUUGCGGACAAGUUCAACAUAGAGCUGACGAUUCCAAGCCUGAAGUAA